AUGUCGUCAAUGAAUGCAAAUACAGAUCUUAUUUUAUUUUUUAAUAAUGCAUCAAAUUCUCUUAAUUAUUAUCUAUCAAUUUUUAUCAUUAUUUUUGGUAUAAUUGGUAAUAUUCUCAAUAUUCUUGUAUUAAGUCAACGAUCACUUCGAUCAAAUUCAUCUGCUAUUUAUUUUCUUGCUUCAGCUAUUGUCGGAAUAAUUGUUAUUAUUAGUGGUCUUAUCAGUCGAAUGUUGUCAGCGUGUAAUUUAGAUUUAACUUUAACAACUGAUUGGAUUUGUAAAGUCCGUAAUUUUAUUCUUUAUAAUUCAAGAACAAUAUUCUUAUGGAUGAUUGUCUUAGCAACAAUUGAUCGAUGGUUAUCAUCUAGUAUUUCAAUUAAUUUACGAUCAAUGAGUAAUUUAAAAAAUGUACAACGAAGUAUAAUUAUUAUUCUUAUCUAUUCUUGUCUUAUCAAUAUUCCAAUACUCUAUUGUUAUAGAGCUAAUUUAAGUGAUAUUCUACGUGCAUGUUAUGGUUCAACAUAUAGUUGUCGUUUGACAACAGAUUUAAUCUAUGCAUUUGGUACAGUUUUAUUACCUUUAUUACUCAUGAUUAUCUUUGGUUUAUUAACUAUUAAAAAUGUUCGUCAUCUACAAAGUCGUGUUCAUGCAAUAAAUGGUGUUAUGAUAAGCCUUGAAAAUAAAAAUGUAUCGUCGAAUAGAAGCGGACAUCUUCCAGCAAAGAAAACAGAUCGACAAUUACUUAAAAUGCUUCUUGUACAAGUCACUCUAUUAUUUCUAUUUACAUCACCACAUGCAAUUCAAAAAGUUUAUUCAUCAUUUGCAUCAUCUCCUCCAUCAGGAUCAUUAGAUAAUGCUGUUCAGAAUUUUAUCUUUACUAUAUUGACUCUUAUCGCACUUGCCGCGAGUGGAACUCCUUUCUAUAUUUAUACAUUAACUGGUGGAAGUGUAUUUCGAAAUGCACUUCGUCAUCUUGUAAAAAUAGUUAUUCAAAAAUGUUAUUAUAUGCCGAUCAAUAGACUAAAUCGCAUGAGAGAAACAAACUAG